AUGGCGCCCAACCGAAUCACGACCGGCGAGGAUAAUGACCGCCCUGAAAUCGACCGACUUCAGCUGCGGCAAAUGCUGCUGGACUCGCUGCCAGCGCACCGGGUUGGAUGGGGCAAGGUCCUGCUCAAUGCCGAUUGCAAGGGGAGCACGACUACUCCGACCACGGCGGCAGAUUGGGUGUUGAGCUUUGCGGACGGUUCGAGGGAGAGCGGAUUCCGGCUCAUUGUGGGCGCUGACGGGGCAUGGAGGAAAUUGCGUCAACUUCUAAGUCCUGUCUGUUGCCUUGCACAGAUUACUCCUGCUACACCGCGGUAUUCCGGAAAGAUGUUUAUCGAGGGCCGCCUGUCACAGUCCAAUCCUCAGUAUGCUGCAGCCCUCGAAAUGGUUGGCGCCGGCAAUUCCAUGGCCAUGGGUACCGGCUGCGCCCUCUGCAUACAGCAGAUGUCUGAUCGUUCAUACCGCGUCUACAUGGGCCUCGAGGCGCCCGAAACGUUGACGCGCCCGGGUGGUGACGCCGACCUAACCGACAUGGACAAGGCACGCCGGACGGUGGCAGGGUUUUAUGCUGACUGGGGCCCUCAGUUGCGUGCGUUUAUAGCUGCUGCCGAGGGUCCAUGGCGUCCAUGGCCGCUCUACCGCCUGGACGCGGACGUGUUUUCACCUGAAGCGCAGAACCGUGACGACAAGACCGGCAAGAGCUCUUGGGCACGAACUCCCGGAGUCGGCGUCAACAAUGCCAUAUAUGACGACGCCUUGGUGCUAUUUGAUCGUAUUUGCCCCGAGUUACGCAUUGACGACAAUCACAACCGAGGUGGCGCCUACGACGAAGCGACCGACGCCGCAGCUCUGGAGCGUGCGAUUGUGGCGUACGAAGAGGAAAUGCGCCCCCCCCGUGCAUACGCCGGUAUCCUAGACAGUAUAAACAUGGAAGGCUUCAUUCCAUGUACUCUGACGAUGGAGCAGCAAGGAUGA